AUGCCGGUAGGAGGAGCUACGCGUGGUGGAAAGAUUAAAAACACUCGUAAAAAGGGACCGCCACCCGCAACCAAAAAGUCGGCAGCAGGAGCCGCGGGCGGUAAACCAAAGAUCCUGAAGCCUCUCUACCCCAUGACGAACAAAGGCACCAGCAACGCAAAACCCAGUUUUAUGAAAGGGGUGCCGACACCAGAAUGGAACACUCUGCUCAAAAAACAGGAAACGGUCUUACGAGGCCCCAGAGCAAAGGAAGUGACGAUCUCGAAGCUGGAUUUCGUGUACAUCAAUCUCUUGGUGGGAGAUGACGUGCAGGGAGUUGACGAACCCAGUACGAAUGUGCAAAGUCUGGUGCUGGUCAAGGAGAUUAGGGAGUAUGAUGGCGAGGAUGAUCUACUGUGGAUUUAUUGGUGUGAGUGGAGGGAGGAGAAGUGGUGGUUGAGUGCCAAUCAGGAAAUUCAUAAGGCGGAUACUGUUGCGGAGGUGCUGGGGGAUAAGAGUGUGGUGGAGACGGAGAGGGUUAUUGGGUAUAAGAAGAGUGUUGAGAUUGUGAGAACGGAGGGGUGGUUGAAGGAUCUUUUGGACAGGGCGUUGGCGGCGGGGACUUAG